CGGGGUGCCCGUGGGGCGGGCGGGGGGCUGCAGGUGCCCCCUGCCCCCAGCGCUACGCCGAGGCCGCGCGCACCUUCGAGGAGCUGCUGCUGCGGGACGGGGCCCACGCCGAGGCCGCUGCACAGCUGGAGGCCUGCCGGGCCCUGCUGCGGCAGCACGGCCGCCCCGGGGGGGUCCCCGUGUCCCCUUUCCUGCCUGAGACCAGGGAGCCGCCGCUUCUCCCCGGAGGGUGGGUGAGUGGGAGCUGCCAGCAGAGAGGGGACACGAGUGUGGGGAGGGGGAGCACCGGAACCCCCCCAAGAGACCAAGGACAGGGAGCUGCCCCGGCUGCCAGCCUGACACUGCCCCCCAGCCACCCUGCCAGGGACUGCUUCCCGCUCUGGGUGGGCAACGUCACCCCCCACAUCAGUGAGAAGGUGCUGCGCCGCACCUUCGGCCGGUUCGGGGAGAUCCACUCAGUGCGGAUGCUGCCGGGCCGGCGCUGUGCCUUCAUCAACUUCAGCAGGAAGGCGGCAGCAGAGGCGGCCUUUGGGGCCAUGCAGGGUGCCACCGUGGAGGGCAGCGAGCUGGUGCUGCAGCUCAAGCACCCGUCCCACGCCACUCCAGCCCCCCUGCCCCGCGCCAGGGGGGCUCCUCCCCCCGGGGGGCUGCUCAGAUGACCCUGCUCUGUCAAGGGGGGCUGCCGGGGCCCCCCUGCACCUGCCUGUACCUUCCUGUACCUGCCUGUACCUGCCUGUGCCUUGUCCCCAUGCUGGGGGUGAGAGUGUCCCCCCCUCCUGCCUUGGGGGGGUCGGGACCCCCCCCGCAGCCCCUCUUGCCUGGGGGGGGUGGGCCCGGGCUGAUCCCCGCGGCCCCUCAGGGAUUUGUUACCUGUUUGGGUUUUAUAAUAAAACUGACACUUCUGUCCUUC